UGAACCAGCACACCAGCGGCUACCUAGUGUACAAGUUAACAGUUUACCGAUUUUCUCGAAAUUUCAGAGGCUUUUUAUGUCCUGUCGCUCAAUGGGGUUCUAUCCAAAAAUUACUGAACAUUCGAACAUCCAUUUGUUAGUUUGGCCGCAGAUAUAGUGAUAAAAUAUUGGAUCUGACAACGUUGCUUCGCUGCGUCACGAUUAUCGAUUAGCUGCCGACCAAUCCCAAACGCCCAUUCUCUGUUUGAAAUUGAUGCAGGCGGCUGGCGGUUGACAGUGUCGUGGUGACUUGAGUUUUACUGGCAAUUUUUGAGCUUUUUAUUAGUUUAUAUACAAAUUUUGUGACUGGAAAGGCAUCAUGGCUGCUAUAAGACAAGCAACAAUCCAAGAAACUAAAGAAAACCUCCACUCCAAGGGGCUUAUAAAACCACAGGUCAAAAUGCACACAGCUUCACAAAGAACUGCGUUGACUGGCCUGUCUAUAAAUACCCAAGCUACAGCCCAUGUAAACAAGGACUUGAAAAAGUGUGACAAUUUCGCACAUGGUCUUAAAGAGGCACAAGUCGUCAAAAAGGAAACAAAGCCUGAGCCAAAAGUAGUCAUACUGAAGAAAGAAGAGAACAAAGUUUCUCAAUUGCCAGGUCACAGAGUAUCUCAAAUACCAGCCCUGAGUCAGAAGAAGACAGGCACACCAGUCGAAGAUCCUGAUAGGUCUAACAAAGAUGAUCCUCUACAAGUAACCGAGUACCUGACAGAAAUCUUCGCCCAUUUGCGAGACUUAGAAACGAAAUACGCAAUUCGCGAGGAUUUUCUAGAGAAUCACAGGACCACGCCGAACAUGCGUUCGGUUCUAGUGAACUGGCUGGUGGAGAUACAUGCAGAUUUUGAGCAGAAGCCAGAAACAUUGUACCUCUGCAUCUCAAUCGUUGAUAGGUACCUGCAGAUCAACACACUUGUAGGGAGAAGCACAUUGCAGCUUGUGGGCACAUCAGCUUUACUUAUAGCAUCCAAAUACGAAGAAAUGUAUCUGCCCUCCCUUUCCGACUUCGAAUAUAUAUGCGACGGUGCUUUCACCUCCAGACAGAUCCUCCAAAUGGAGAUAGACAUUUUAAAAAGACUGGAAUUUAACCUUGGCUACCCUCCCGCGAUACAGUUUCUCAAACGUUAUAGCAAAGUGAUUCGCGCAAAGGCUGAGCACUACGCUUUAUCGAAGUAUUUCUUGGAACUUGCACUUCUGGAGCACACCAUGAGCGCGGUGAAACCUUCGCUGUUAGCAGCCGCGGCUUGCUGCUUGGCCAAAGGGGUCAUGGAGGAAGUCAUGGAGUUGCCGAAGAUCUGGUCGCCGGCCAUGGUGCAUUACACUACAUACCAGUACAAAGAUUUCAGGAAUGCGAUGAUAGAGCUAGCGAGCAUUGUGGCCAAAGUGGACAGCUCCUUGUUCACGCAAGUUAAGAAAAAGUACUCUGCGACAGCUUACAUGAAGAUCAGUCAGAUUUCACAGUUGAAUGGCCCGCUGAUUAGAAAGUUGGCGGGUACAAAAAAAUGACGCGAAGUGAAUUUUAUCUGUUUUAUUUUAUACUCGUGGUGUAUUUUGUAUCUGUAUUUUAUCCUUUUAUUUGUAUAUUGUAGUCGACGAUAUUUUAUAGAGUCGUUUUUGUAUUAAGUAAAACUUCUUAAUUUAGACAAAUUGUUUUGACAUCUCGAGGUGGAAGCUGUGAUAACUUUUAUAGCUAUGAAUCAACAGAAAACUGAGCUGUUUCGACGUAAUUGAGUGGAAAAUGUACUGAUUAGCAAAUAACAUAAUCGAUCUAGAUACAAUAAAAAGUUUGUUUUAGGUAAUACUUAUUUUGUAGCAAAACUGAAUCAGAUAUGAUAAAUAAAAAUCAAAAUGUUCAUUUCAGUGUUAAUUAAAUUAUAUCCCAAA